AUGGAUUCCCCGGCGUUCUCCGUUACCAGCGAUUUCUCCGACUUCACGGAUGAAGAGUUGGACCAUUAUUUUGCGACUUAUGUACCGCUAUCAAACCUCCCGACCCCUCCACCUGCAAAGAAAAAACCUGUUGGUGCUGGGGGCCUGGGGUCUGAAGUGGAGGCGAAAAAAAUGCUGGUGCGGACCCCUGAACUAGAAGUAUAUGCUCAACACCUCUCCAACCGCGUCCCUCCCAACGUGGCCACCCACCGACCAAGCAUUCCCACAAUUCAAAACUUCCUCUCCCGCGCGAACCUCCCAAUUGAAAUCAUCGCCUUCGCAUCCUGCAUCCUAGACGCACUCUCCCAACGCUUUGCAACCUCAUGGCGAACAUGCUGUCUGCCACCCAACCCGCCAAACUUUGGAUUCGACCCCAAAAUAAGCUUCCGACACCCCCCUGCCAUGGACCCCGAGAUUGUUGUGCUCUCAGCUCUAGCGAUUGCGCUGGACUUUCUUGAGGAUCGGCCACGACCGAAUUCGCACUGGGCGAAGAUCGAAGGCGGUUUUUUGUUCACAGAGAGACAGAUCGAAGCUACGAAGGUUUGUAUAUUGAAGGAUAUCGACUACGGACUCUUCCGGAUUACGGAGGGGAUGGUCAUGCAUAUGUUGCGAGUUAUGCAACAAGCUGGCGAAUUCUCGCGGACUGAUCCGACUACUAUUGUUCAGAAGGUGGAGAAGUUAGAUCUACAGCUAGAGCCAGACGCGGACAAGGAUGCAAGAAGACCAAAACUCAGUCUCGAUCUCAUCCAUCUGCAAGGUACGGCGGUGUGGGUGAAUGGCCUGCAGACUCCGGAACCCAGCCCGUAG